AUGGGGUACUCGGUGAGUAGGGUUUCCGUGCGCCUGGCCGCUGCUAUGCUGGUCGUCGUCGUUGCCAUCUACGUCGGAUUCCCCCUCUACUGGAAGCUCUCCGCCACCAUCCAGGAGAUCCGCGAGAAGCGGCCCACCGUCAGAGAAGGUUCCCCACGCCCUUCCCUCCUUCCCUCCUUCCCUCUACCCGCUGCCGCCGCCACCGCUGUGGCCUUGUGCUCAUAUCUCGCUCGCUCUUCUUCUCCGGGGGUUCUCGCAGGAAUCUCACAGCUCGUCCUCGAGGCCCAGCGGUCGGUCGGGUGGUUCUACGACGAAUCCGACUCCGGCCUCGCCGACGACGGGCCCGGCCAAGCCGCCGCCGCCGGUACGAUCCCCUCUCGCCGGCGGCUGACCGGCGCUGCCUGA